AUGCCGAAGAGAUCUAGGGACCCCUCGACACCUGUAUUCAGAUCCGACGUCGUGUACGGCUGCCCCAACUCGAAAUUGAUAGAGAAAAAGAAGUUUGUCCAGCUUAGCUUGACACAGAGGGCUUUCGAGGACCAUGUGCCGCGGAUCGAAGACGACGCACUAGUCACCGCUAGGCAGGCGCUCCGAAGUGAGGAUGUUCGAGAGAAACUCAAUCAGGAGUUUCCUUCGCUGUCCACAACCUCGACAUGGGUUUCCAGCCAGUCAACUUCAUACUGCCCUGAGCGCCUCUUCCGCGCAACCGCAAGAAAUACUGGCACACACCAAGGUACGGUCCAUUACAUCAAGAUCGAAACUCGAGACCAGAGGCGGCAAAAUAAGCAGGAGGCUGGGUCCGACAUAAUGUAG